GUAGUAACUUGACAUGCAUAUAUAUAUUUAUAUCAUUUAUCCAUAUAGGAUUGGUAUCUUACAAGUAUCGUUUGUACAUGUCCACUGAGUUAAGUGUUCAACAUAUUACAACCUAAAUAACCUGUUUUGUAAAUAUUUAUGAAUGAAAUUAUAAAUUAUCAUACCUGAUAGAGGAAGUGUUAAAGAGAUUUUGAUUAAUAAGAUAUUUACUUGUGUAGAUUGAUUCAUGUUCUAUGAAUAAAAAUAUUAACCUUAUCGAAGAAUAUUUUUGUGAUAGCUUAUUAUAGUUUAUUUUUUAUUUAUUAUUAAUAUAAAAAUGUCUGAAGUAACACUAGAAGAAAAUCGUUUUAAAUAUGCUUGGAUGAUAAGGCCAUGUGAAAUAUACAAAGAUGAGUAUAGUGAAUGCAAAUAUUGGAAAUCCCGUUUUCAUCAAUAUUUCAUAUAUGGCCAUAAGAUUGAUUGUUCUUCAUGGAAGGAAGAUUUUAAAAAUUGUGAAAUUUGGGAAGCAAAUAAAUCAGAGGAUGCAUACAAUGCAAUAGUAGAAAGUGAAAAAAAACGUAGACUGAACAGAUUAAAAGGACAUUUUGGGAAUAGAAUUUGGAAAAAGAGAGAUAAACCACCGGAAGAUUGGAAUAGUCCUUUACCCGAAUGGAUGCAAGAAAACUUCAAAAAUUCGUAUUUAGAAAAGAUGAAAAAUAAAGAAGCACAAGAGGCGUUAGAAAAAUUAGAUAAAUAUUGUGUCAUAAUGUAAUAUCCUUUUUUUGUGUCAUACAUUUAUAAGUAGUAAUAAAUAAUUUUCUAUCUUAAAUAAGAAAUGAAAAUUAUUAAGAAUUACUUUGAAAUAGAUUCCGAGGGUAAAUCUGGAUUUAGGUCGUCUUUGACAUUACAUACUUACGUAAUUGAAAUGAAAAAAAAAGGAAAAAAAUCGAGCGAAAAGGACGAACUAAAAGCGAAAUAUGUAACGGGUAGGGAUAAGGAAAGGGAAUGGAGGGGAAAUGUAGGAGGGAAAGAAGAGGUAAGAAUAACAGAGAUCGUACGCACGCGGAAACCUGAGAGAGUCCCGUGAAAGCACGUGGGCGUGCGCGUAGUAAUGUCAGUCAUGCGCAGCUAAGGAUUUUUCGUAAUUCGGUUACGCUGCUACAUAAGUGUUUACCCUCGCUCUUUCCCAGGGAUAGAGAGAGAGAGAGAGAGAGAGACAGAGAGAGAGAGUAAACGAUGAAAUUAGAAAGAGAAGGAGAAUGCGAACGAUCACAAAAAGGCGACUACGACGACACCCGGUGGAAGGCAUGAGGAACGCGUUAUGUGAGCGGGUUGCAUCCUCCUUGAACAAUCAUAACUGACAGUCAUCAUCAUCAUUAUCAUAAAAGUGGAGGAGGAGGAGGAGGAGGAGGAGGAGGACGACGAGGAAGAGGAAUAUAUUCGACAAUCCUCGUCUCUUCCAAUUUUUCGUGUAUGUUAUAUGUAAAACUGAUCAAAACACAAUUAUCGUUGGAUAAAACGAUAGACCGCGUGUAGUUACCAAGUGAGGUGUCCGCGCCAUGUUGAAUGGAUGACGCAAUCUGUACACAAAACAUUCUGCGUGUAUCGCGAAGGGAGCGGUUUCGACCAACGAAUCGCAAAGACUUUAUAGCCUUUUUAUUCUUCAACAAGACGCAACCUCCCUUUUUCUUUCCUCUCCCUCUCUAUAAUUCUCUUUCGUUCUUCCUCUCUCUCUUUCUCUCUCUCUCUCACUCAUUCACUCAGUCCUUUCUCCCCACCCAUCCAUCCUUUCUC